AUGCUGUGCUGGUUGCGGAGCUUCGUGCUGCCCCCUGCGGCCUGCCAGAGUGACUAUUCCCAGUUGGCCUAUGAGAUCCUCUUCGAAGACCUGGACAGCAAUGGGGAUGGUGUGGUGGACAUCGUGGAGCUCAGAGAUGGGCUGAGGAACUGGAAUUCCGCCUUUGAUUCCAACUCAGAAAAGACCAUUUUUCGGGCUGCAGAUUCCAAUGCUGAUGCAGGACUAGAUUUUGAAGAAUUUGUACAGUACCUUCAAGACCACGAGAAGAAAAUGAAACUGGCAUUUAAGAGUCUGGACAAAAAUAAUGAUGGAGUUAUAGAUGCUUCAGAAGUAGUUGCUGCUGUGCAGUCACUGGGAAUCCACAUUUCUCUCUCUCAGGCAAAGGAUAUCCUGAAAAGCAUGGACAGCGACGGGUCAAUGACAAUAGACUGGGAUGAGUGGAGAGACUACUUCUUCCUCCACCCUGCGAAAAAUGUCAGAGAGAUCAUUCGUUUCUGGAAGCAUUCCACUAUAAUUGACAUAGGAGAGAGUAUAAGUAUUCCAGAUGAAUUCACAGAGCAAGAAAAGAAGUCUGGGGUAUGGUGGAAGCGGUUAGUGGCAGCCGGAAUAGCGAGCGCGAUCACACGGACAUGCACGGCGCCUCUGGACCGCUUGAAGGUCAUGAUGCAGGUUCGUCGUUCAAAAGCAGGUAAAAUGGGAUUGGUGAAUGAGUUCAAGCAGAUGAUAAAGGAAGGCGGCCUUUUCUCUCUGUGGCGAGGAAACGGUGUGAACGUCUUUAAAAUCGCACCGGAGACAGCAAUCAAGAUCGGGGCCUAUGAACAGUAUAAGAAACUUCUUAGUUUUGAUGAUACUAAUUUAGGAGUUCUUCAAAGAUUUAUAGCUGGCUGCAUGGCUGGUGCAACUUCCCAAACCUGUAUUUAUCCCAUGGAGGUGAUAAAGACCAGGCUGAUUUUAGGUAAAACUGGCGAGUAUUCUGGGAUUGUUGAUUGUUGCAGGAAGCUUCUGAAGACAGAGGGCAUUCAGGCCUUUUGCAAAGGCUAUGUUCCCAACCUGAUAGGUAUCAUACCGUAUGCAGGCUUAGAUCUUGCCAUCUUUGAGCUUCUGAAGAAUUACUGGCUGGAACACCACUCAAAAAACUCUGUGAACCCUGGCAUAGCCAUCGUGCUGGGCUGCAGCACAGUGUCACACACGUGUGGCCAGUUAGCCAGUUUCCCCCUGAAUCUUCUUAGAACUCGCAUGCAGGCAGAAUUGAUGAAUAAAGGAAAAGAAAAAAUACCUAUGUUGCAGCUCAUUCAAGAAAUAUACACUAAAGAAGGAAAGAGGGGAUUUUUCCGGGGUCUCACCCCUAACAUCAUCAAGCUGCUUCCUGCAGUGGGCAUCGGCUGCGUGUCUCAUGAACUGGUGAAGCUGCUUUUUGGAUUAACCUAGAAGUGCAAUGUCAACCUGCUGCCGUUGCUGUAGCCACUGCGGUAUAAGAUA